CACAUACACAUUUGUCAACAUGGGCUGUCCCGUAUGUAGUCUCAGGUGUUUGCGCCCGGAGGUAUAAAAGUUUAGCGCAAAUCCAAACGAGCUGUGCAAACGAACGAGGCACGAUGAUAAAAUGAAGCAUUAACUCGGGGACGGUCUCUCCAAAGACACGCGGGGACUCGGUCUCUCCAGAGACACGUGGGGACGGUCUCUCCAAAGACACGCGGGGACGGUCUCUCCAAAGACACGCGGGGACUCGGUCUCUCCAGAGACACGUGGGGACGGUCUCUCCAGAGACACGCGGGAUCGGUCUCUCCAAAGACACGUGGGGACUUGAACGCUCUCUGUUUCCGAGCCGAGUGGUGGAUCGAACGGCCAGUACGGCGAUGGACGCGGACGCGGCGUGGGCUGGACCCGAGAGCACCCGGGCGCAGAACGGGCGGAGGGGGCCGCCGAGCCCCCGUCCAGGGGACGCCGCGCAGGAAGGAGGGGGCGCGGGGGGCGUUUCGGGGAAGCCGCCCCUGUCCUACAUCGCCAUGAUCGCCCAGGUGAUCCUGGCCUCCCCCGCGCAGAAGCUGAACCUGGCCGCCAUCUACGCGGACGUGGAGGCGCGCUUCCCCUACUACAGGGGGCGGGGCCAGGGCUGGAAGAACAGCGUCCGUCACAACCUGUCGCUGAACGACUGCUUCGUGAAGCUGGGGCGCUGCGAGGACGGGAAGGGCAGCUACUGGGGGAUCCACCCCGCCCACCGGGGCCGUUUCCUGCGGGGGGACUUCAGGCAGCACAGGAAGGCCAGCCGGAGCCGGAGGAAGAGGGGGAUCCCGGAGGGGGACGGGGGCGGCGACCUCACCUGCUGGGGGGCGCCGCCCUGCCCGGGACCCUGCCCCCAGUGCCCCUUCCAGCUGCAGUGGGCACCCAGGACGCUCCCCCCUCAUCCCGGCCCUGUGUCGUGGAGCCCGGGCGCCCUGGGGGAUGCUGGGAGAUGGGGCUAUGGGUGGUUUCCGUGGAGACCGCCGGGCUGGGGGGCCGGGAACGCGGCGCUGGGAGGGGCGGAGGGGCUCUGCAGCUCCCUGUGUGUCAGACCGCCCCCUCCUCCCCCAAACUUGUGCUCCUGGCAGUGGGCAGCCCCAGACUUCAGGGACAGGGGUUACCCCUGGACGUGCAUUACGGGCCCCGCCUACCCUAUAUGAGUGCAGCAGUAUGCAGCGUAUGCUGCAUGUUACGCAACAACGAAGGUCUGUGCAUAUGAAAGCCACAAUUACACAAGUGCAUGUGUUUACUGACUGUAUCUUAAAGUACGUUUCAAACUUCGGACUAGGAUAUAUGUCAUACAGUAUGUUUGUCAUACAUGUAUAUGUGUGUGUCUUUUUGUACGUCGCUUUGGAUAAAAGCUUCUGCCAAAUAAAUGUAAUGUAAUGUG